AUGAGUCCACAGAGAAGUAAGCGGAAGGCAAUGGGGGAACCAGGGGACGUGGCACUAUACGCGUUGGGCGUUGGGGCAUGCUCGUCUGACGCGUGUGAUUCUAUCGACCUGCCCUUCGCCUACAAUCACCUCUUUCAGGAUCGCUUCUUUGUCCUCCCCACCUUUGCGGUUCUCUUCCCCUCCUCCCUCAUCGAGCAACUCCUCGCCGUCGAUGGGCUCGUCUUCGAUCCGGCGCUACUGCUGCACGGGGAGCAGUACCUGCGCCUCUUUCGCCCCCUUCCCACCACCGCCAAGGUGGUGAAUCGCGCGCGCAUAUCUGCACUGAAGGACAAGGGCAGGGCGGCCAUAGUGGACGUUGAGACAGUCUCGUUCGACCGCGAGUCAGGCGCCAGGCUGGCAGUCAACAGGUCAUCCAUUGUGCUGCGUGGUGCCGGGGGCUUCUCCUCCAAACCUGCCACCACCUCCACGAACCCAUCUCAACCGCAACAGCAACCACAACAACCACCACCAGCACGUGGCAGUGCAGCAGCCACCAGACAGCCAUCCCCUCGCCUGCCCCCCCACGCAUCAACAGAUGAGCGCAUCCCCCCCAACCAGGCUCUGCUGUAUCGCCUGUGUGGCGACCUCAACCCCCUCCACUCUGACCCUGAAUUUGCUGCCACUGCAGGCUAUCCUCGCCCGAUCCUGCACGGCCUCUGCACGCUCGGCUUCGCCACCCGAGCCAUCCUCCGAACCUGCUGCAAGGGCGACCCGAGCCUCUUCCACAGCGUGCAGGUUCGGUUCACGGGGCACGUGUUUCCUGGAGAAACUCUCAUCACCCGAACCUGGCAGCCCGUGUCCAUACCAGCAUCAAGCACAGCAGAGGAAGAAGAGUCAGCAGCAGGUUCGGGAGGGCAGAUUGUGGGAGGAGGGGAGCUGUUGAGACGUGCGAGCUUUGAGUGCUGGAUUGCGGAACGCAACAAGAUGGUGCUGUCUGGGUGGAUGCAGCUGUAUGCUGACAGUGACGGCAGUGACGUCAUGGGCAAUGGUGGUUCACCCAAGCCACGCUUGUAG